AUGGUCCUUCUUGCGAAAGUUCAACUGGAUCCGAAUAAUGCUGAUAAAUUCGUUUGGAAAGGUAAUGUUUCUAAGAGCUUUACUGUAAGCUCUUGCUAUCGGAUUUUCCAAAACUUGGAUGAGACUUCGGAGCUAGAGAUUACUCUCAAGACGGUGUUAGAUUUGAUUUGGAAGACAAAAAUCCCUCUCAAGGCAAGAAUCUUUUCUUGGAGAUUGGUGUUUGAUAGACUUCCUACUAGAUCCAAUCUUGCAGCUAGGGGAUUAAUCUCUAACAUUCAUGAAAUUGCUUGCGUUUUAUGUUUUAAUGUCGUGGAAGAUAGUAAUCACUUAUUCAUUACUUGUCCUCAUUCGAAGUAG